AUGUCGUCUCUGCCGUCGAUGAAAGAGAGGAAGCGUGUUGAUCGUGUAGAGAAGAGGUUUCUCAACGAUAUCGUCGUCUAUGACAUUGAUAAUAAACUAUGGUAUAAGCCAGAGUGCACUGGCGGCACUGAUGGACAAGUGGGUCCAAGUCCUCGGGCAUUUCACGUUGCUGUUGUGAUUGAUUGUCAUAUGUUCAUCUUUGGUGGGCGUUGCGGUGGCAAGAGGUUAGGUGACUUUUGGGUCCUAGAUACUGAUAUAUGGCAAUGGUCAGAGUUGACAAGCUUUGGUGACUUACCCUCAGCACGCGACUUUGCUGCAGCUUCAGCUAUUGGAAAUCAGAAAAUUAUUAUGUAUGGUGGCUGGGAUGGUAAAAAGUGGUUGUCAGAUGUGUACGUCUUGGACACAAUAUCACUAGAGUGGAUGGAACUGUCAGUUACUCGAUCACUGCCACCACCUAGAUGCGGCCACACAGCUACUAUGGUUGAAAAACGGUUGCUUGUCUAUGGCGGCACAGGAGGUGGAGGUCCUAUCAUGGGUGAUUUAUGGGCUUUGAAGGGUGUAAUCGCAGAAGAAAAUGAAACACCUGGAUGGACCCAACUGAAGCUUCCAGGUCAAGCUCCUUCUGCACGUUGUGGCCAUACCAUCACAUCUGGAGGACACUAUCUGUUGCUAUUUGGAGGCCAUGGAACUGGUGGCUGGUUGAGUCGUUAUGACAUCUAUUACAAUGACUGCAUCAUCUUAGACAGGGUUUCUGCACAGUGGAAGCGGUUACCUACUGGCAAUGAACCCCCUCCUGCUCGAGCAUACCAUUCACUGACAUGCAUUGGCUCACGUUAUCUGGUAUUUGGUGGCUUUGAUGGCAAAUCCACAUUUGGUGAUCUAUGGUGGUUGGUUCCUGAAGAGGGACCCUAUUGCAAACAGGCUUCGUGCAACUUCACCAACCAAUAUUACCGAAAAUAAGGAUGUCAUGAUGGAAAAUGAUAAUGUCCAAUCUGAACUCAAGGAAAGCGAAACAGAAGAAUCUGCUGUCUCAGAAUUGCGAAAAAGAUUAGGAAUAUCAGUUUCUCUCCCUAGUAAUGGGGUUCCUGUUGUGGAUGAGUUAGAAGACAGAGAACUUAUUGAACUAGCUUCAAGUUUGGUUGGAG